CGCGACGUAGGGGUGUCGGGGGCCGCAAGAAGGCUUCCGACGCAAUCCGGGCGCGAGGGUCGGGCGGGGCGCACGUGUGGCUGGAGCAAUAACCGCCUCCGCGCGAAGACUUCGCACCAGAUUUCACCCGAACGUCGCUGUCGUCGGUCGCCAUGCUGCGCGCGCUGCUGCUGGUGGUGGUGGCGGUGGCGGUGCUUCCGCUCGGCGGCGCCGUGACCUCCCUGCAGGACAUGGAGUCCGCCAUCGUCAGCCUGGACGCGAAAAUGAGGGCGGUGGCCAACAGACUACACCGACACGAGUCCAGGUCGCGCCAAGUGAACGAAGUGACCACGAAGACGCUGCGGGCGAUCUUGACCCAGACGGCCGGCCAGAGUCGCAACGUGGAGAGCAUCGCCGUCUACAUGGCCAAGAUGGAGGGCCGCAUGCUCACAUGGAUAGAGCCCUGCAGAAGCGGCUGCUGA